GGAAACACGAGACAGAACAUUCGUAAGCACCAUGUGGGCUACAGCACUCGCAGUAUUCUGCUUAGUGACCCCUCUCGCUAAAUCUGAGGACUCCUGCCCAGAAGUGAAGAUCAUUGGAGUUGGGGAAUCUGACAAGCUGACCAUACUAAGAGGAUGUCCUGGUCUUCCGGGACCUCCUGGACAAAAAGGAGAACCUGGGUCAUUUGGAGAGAAAGGUGAAAAGGGACUGGCAGGAAUCCCAGGGAAAGCUGGACCCCCAGGACAAAGAGGUGAAGCUGGUGCCCAAGGAAUACAAGGACUUAAGGGGGAAAAGGGAGACAGCGGCACAUCCCUGUAUGCUGCGAGGAACUGUAAGGAGCUGUUGGAUCAGGGAGAGGUCCUCAGUGACUGGUACACAAUAUACCCAGAUGGCGAGCGACCCCUGAAGGUGCUGUGUGAUAUGCACACCGAGGGAGGAGGCUGGAUUGUUUUCCAGAGACGUUGGGAUGGCUCUGUAGACUUUCUGCGCGACUGGAAUUCCUACAAGACAGGAUUUGGCAGCCGUUUAAAUGAGUUCUGGUUGGGAAAUGACAAUAUUCACAAGAUAACAUCAGCUGGCGAUUGGGAGCUUCGUGUAGAUCUUCAGGACUUUGAGAACGCCAAGGCCUAUGCUAAAUAUGCGUCUUUUAAAAUCCUGGGAGAGGAUGAGAAGUACAAGUUGCUACUUGGAGCCUUCAAGGAGGGGAAUGCAGGAGAUUCCCUGAAUCAUCACAAUAAUAUGCAGUUCAGCACCAUGGACCAAGACAACGAUGUCUAUGCAGAAGGAAGCUGUGCCACAAUGUACAAAGGAGCCUGGUGGCAUGGAAGUUGUCACAAUUCAAACCUAAAUGGGUUGUAUCAUCUGGGACAACAUAGCAGCUAUGCCGAUGGCAUAAACUGGAGCGGUGCCAAAGGAUACUACUACUCUUAUAAACAUUCUGAAAUGAAAAUCCGGCCAAUAACAGAAAUGAGGAAGUAGAGAAACGUGAGAACAAAACAAGUUGGGUUCGGGCAUAAGUUAUAUUUUCUUUCAUAAAGGGGGUGCUUACUGAUCUACUGGCAGUCUGGUCUCCUAAGCAGUAACCCCAUGUAUUGAGUUCUUCAAGAUUUUAUUUCCUUAAAUAUGAUGCUUCUACACCUUACACACACGCAAAUAUAUAUAUGAAUUAAACUGACUUUCAAACAAGCAUCAGAUCAGAAGUAGCCAUGUUCUACUCAUUGUGAAUAUCUCCUAUUCCAUUAUGACAAUUGUUCAAGUAUAUUUAGAGCAAAAAACAUCUACUUGGUUAUGUUAAUGCAACAUUGCAAUUUGAUUGGUGUUGGUAUCUUGUCUAAAGAUGAUAUUAUUGGAGUUAGGGGCAUAAAAGUGAAUUUCAAAGUCCCAGAAACUCAUUUAAACUCCCAUUACAAAUGCUUAUAUAUACAUAAAGGCUUAAUGUAACGUUUUAACAGAUUUUCUUCUGUAUUUGACCCAUUGAGAAUUCUCAAAAAGCCUGCAUCCAGAACCAUCUUAUACAUCUUCCUAGUGUAGGUGAUGUCACAUGUGUAAAGUUUCUUUGGCAUAAUUUCCCUUGUAUUUAACCUUCUACAGUAUAUCUUUUUUAAUAUAGCAUUUUUUUGGUCCUUAUUUUCUCAAACCAAAGAUAGUUCAAAACAAUAAAUAAUGAACAAAACAAUACAGGAGUGUUGAGUCACAAAAUAUUAAGUUCAAUUACAGCCACAAUAGUAAGUAGAAAAGUGAGAAAGACAUGUCAUAAACCCAAACAACAGUAAAGGAGAAAGGAAAUUAUUGCUGCUAAUAUUUUAAUUUGGAAAGAUGUGGUAUGAGAAUGUAUACCCAGAAUAUGAAACUAAUAAAGUAUUAUCAAAUUUAUUUUAAAAAUAA